UUACGAGCUGACAGCAUAUAGGAUCUAGCUAUCUAGUCUCAGCACAUCUAGGGACAACCUCUAGUGGGUAUUAUCAGUACCAGUCUUCUACGAGGGGAAUACAGGUCUGUUUAAUCCAGUUAAGAAAAUACACAGUUGCAUGGGACACAAGAUAUGAAGCUAUUAUCCACCUUGCUCUAAAAAGGAUCUGUCCGUGCUUAUCUAUACUGGACACUGGAUAGGUAGUGAUAUUAUCCAGCAGAAGAUUUGUAGGGAAGGCCAAGUGAUUUGUGUAUUUCAUCAUCAGAAUGAUGUGAUUGCACACAUGUAUAAUGGAUGGACAAUGAUCGCUCCUCACUCCUCCUACCACUGUGUCACAUUAAAUAAUCCAGCUUGAGCUGUAACGGUGUAGAGCUGUGAAGUGGUAGUCUGCUCUGACAAGCAGACGGCACACACACGUAUACCCGCUCUUUCAUUGAGGGGCUGCAUUGAGAAUAUAUUUACUGUUAUGUCAGUAUUCACGCUGAAAACUGCAUUGUGUGGAGUCUGUGGGUCGUCUGUCGGUCGGUUGGUUAACUCCUGGAUUCCAGGAUUGUGGGUAUGGUGAGAUUUCCAGUGUCAGCAGAAGAGGACGUUUGUACCUUAGGCUCGGAGUGGUAGUCGGUGCAGCAGUGUUUGUGUGUGGAGUGCUGUGUGCUUGCAGCCAACAUGCACUGAGUCGGGAGUACGUGCUUAACACAAGGUGUAGCUUGUUCCACUUGAAUGUUUACUGGAUACUGAGCAGCGUGAUCGCAGACAUCUCAACAUGCCUCAUUUACAGUUGAAGAGGAGAAUCUGCUUCCAGUUGCAUUGGAAACCCGAGAAAAUACGGAAAUUAGCAAUUGUACAGAAAGGGAAUGCAAUAUCCUCCUUACAAGCUGAUGAGGGAGAUGACAGGAAGAGCCAAAAGUCAAAAACAGGGGGUGAACUUGUCUGCCAGAACAGCCUUAACACCAGAGUCCAUGCUUCCCAGCCCCAGGUGUCAGAAGGGCAGUUGAUGUUGGAAACACUGCAAGGCUUUGUCAUGUUUGUCAAGAAGAAUGGUAUAAUCCUGUAUGUGUCUGACACUGUAGAGCAACACCUGGGUCUAAAACAGGAAAACCUCUUGGGAACAUCUGUGAUCCAUAUCAUCCACCCUGAGGAUAUGACAGAGCUGUCGAAGCAGUUUAAGGUCUCUGUAUCCAACAAAACAGCUGAUGCCUCUGCAAACGUCCAGAACAUUCUCCAAUCAGAACAGAAAUGCUCUUUCCUUUUACGGAUGAAGUUUCAAUUCUCUAGGAAUGAUGAGAGGAGUCGUCAGACAGGCUACAUGCUAGUACAGUGGACGGGCCGGCUGAGGUUGCGGCCCUCCAGGAAGGCGUGUGGCUAUGCCAUCGAAGGCCUGGUGUGCAUGUGUCAGCCCCUACAGACCAACUCCAUCCUGGAGAUCAGGAUGGGAGGAAGCAUGUUCAUCAGUAGACAUGACCUUGGAAUGAGGUUUACGUACUGUGAUCCCAGAAUCAUCACAUUGAUUGGAUACGAACCAAAUGAGGUCAUUGGCAAGACAGCAUACUACUUUCACAAUCCCCUGGAUGCCCCGAAAAUCAGUGACUGUCACUCCAACUUGAUUGUUAAAGGAGCAUCAGUGAGCAAGUACUAUCGCUUCUUUGGGAAGACAGGGGACUGGGUUUGGCUUCAGACCCGGGCUACCAUCAUCUACAACACCUCUCAGAAACCACAGUAUAUUGUCUGCAUGAACCAUGUCAUCGGGGAUGAGGAGGGACAGAGGUACCUGACGAUGGAGGAAGAACAGUUGGGGUUCCGAGACCCAAAUGUCCGUGGCUGCAUUGACCUUGCCAACACCAGCACAGAGUCUCCAGUGAGCAUCUGCAGUAGCAGUGGUGAUGAAGGCCAUGAUGACACCGGCUACAGCAGCGGUUACAGCCACACCACUGACACCAGCAGCCCCCACACGUCAGGCUUUGUGAACCUGUCCUCUCCCGACACCCACACUCCACCAGAGUGUGGAGAUGACAGAGACUCGGUGCUAGACUACCCAAUGACUGAUGUCAGCCAGAUCGAGAAUCUUCAGAAGGAGACCUCUGAUCCUGUGAGCCAAGCAGUGACAGCAAUGUCAAAUGCUCUUGAUCCAUUCUUGAGUUCGUUCCGAGAGGAGCUAGGACUAGAAGGUGCUCAAGCUGACGACGGAAUGGAUCUCUUGGAUGACUUGCUAAAGAGCAUGGAGGAAGAUGACCCAGUGUCUCCACAACCUCCUCCAGCUUUGCCUAGUGUCCUGAAUAAUCCUCCGGUGAAUGUUCCUGAACCAGGACGACAGAAGUCUCUUUUGCGAUCACUUCUGGACAGGGGUGAUAAAUCUCCAACUAAAUCCACCAUGGACUACUCUUUUUCCUCCUCAAGACCUGUUUUGAAAGAUGCUGUGUUAUUUCCAACAUCAAGUUUGACAAGUGUUCAGUCAGAUAAAACAAUUAACACAAUGUCGAGAUCCACUAUACCAUUUACUUCCAGUAAUUCCCAGACACAGACACCUAUCCUUCAAAUCUCUAAUCCUAGUUCAGUAAUGAGUGACCCACUUGCAGGAUCAAUAGAUUCAUCUAGUGUCAGUGUCCCACAACCAGAUCCCUUCAUCCCAGAAGACUUGCUGGACUUUGCCAUGCAGUACUGUGACACUAUACCUGAUGAGCAAUCCCAAGCCAUCAUCACCAGCUAUGGUCAAGAUCUGUGGUGCAGUGGAGUGGAUGACCUCAUCACAACCUUUGCUGAUGUUCAGCAAUCCACCACGGAGCCAGUUAUGUCCUCUGUAGUCAACACAAGUCCAGCUAAAGGUCUUUCUACAGAAGGUCCUCAAGCCUGUCCAGAAGUGAGUUUCAUAGAUCUGGAUAACUGCUGCAGGAGAGAGCAGUAUGCUCCUGCUUGUAAGCAGAAUCAGUGUGAGAAUAAACAGUCUUCUACAGAUGUUUCAAAGGAUUUAUCAACUCAGAUAUUAUUCAAUGUUCUUAGCAACAGAAAUACCUCUCAGAUAAAAGAUUCCAGGAGCAACAAGAGUGUAUUCGUUCAACCACUGAAGGCCACACCUCGGCCUGUUGUUAGUCACACUGUUUCUAGUUCACAUGUGAAUGGUCCAUUUACCAGUAGAUGUGCUGUCAGUUCAGAGUCAGAGAGAUGUCAGAAGAAGCUGACAUUUAGGACUGUUCCAACUCAACCACCAAGGUCACCCUGCAGGACUUUUGCAAGCCCUGUAGGACGAGGGCAGACGGCCACAGUAUCUGCUGCCUGUGUUAGUUCCAGGUGUGGCAAAUCAUUAGUGUCAGCUCUGUGUGACAGAGGAGCUGCUUCACCAAGUUCAUGUUCAUCAAAAUCCUCAACCCUUGUUGUUCCAAGUCAGCAACCAACACAGCCUCCUUCAAGUAGACAUAGUGAGCAGGUCACUGCUAAGCCAUCUGAGGGUAUGUCUGAACUAGAGAAAUACUUACGUGGGUACAUCAAAAAGACCACAUGCUGACAAAACAACAGAAAGUGUCUCCCCUCCCCAACACUCCACUUCCCCGCCAGCGCAGACACCCUUCCUUCAGAAGCUGCUGACAGGGGAACUCUCACGUGAACACUACAGAGAGAUUGACUCACAGUUGCUCAGGCAAGAGAAACAACGUCGAUCGUCUACUCAUUCAUUGUCAGAGGGCUGAGAGCAGCCAUGUUGUGUCUACGUGGUUCCCAGUUCAUGGAAUAGUAUAGAGUGUGUUAAAAGAGCUCCUUGUGUGAUUCCAAUCUGCCCAAUUCCAGGAAUAGAAUGUGAGGACAACACUCUGUGUUAAGUGUCCAUACCAAUCACCUGAUGUAUGGAAUACAAGAUUGGUUGCAAAAGCAAUGUGUGAUAUGAGGAUAGAUUCAAUAGUUUGAUCCCAGAGUGAUGUGCAACCUAUUAAUCCUUCAUGUCCAGUUUCAUGAUGUUGUUGGCAUUGUUCAUCAGGUGAUGAAUGCUUGGAAGUUCCUAUCACCAACCUACCAAAGGAUACCUACACCAUUUCAUAGCUGCAGGAUAUAUACGGUGACGUCUUGUUCAUGCCGAUGAUACUGUCUCUGUAGAAUUGCUGUGUGAUACUUUUCUGGAAUAUUCAUUCUGGGUUGUCAUGGAGACUGAGCAUUACCUGUACGGAUUCAUUUGGAUGUUCCCAUGAAGAUUAUCCAGAAGGUGCAUUUGUUAGUGGUGGAUUAUUGGAUUAUGCUUAUGUAGAAUGCCUUAAGAAAGAAUUGUGAUGUCAUUAUUGACUGUUACAUAUAUUGUUAAGAUGGUGGCGUAGCUUAACGGUUAAACCGUUUGCUCAUCAAGCUUAAGGUCUGGGUUUCAUUCCAACACUGAUACCAUGUGUGAAUCCCAAUCUGGUGUUCCCUGCUGUGAUAUUGCUUUAAUAUUCCUAGAAGUGGCAUAAAACCAUACUCACUCACUCACCCACUCACUCACAGCAUUUAUUCAAGAAACAUUCUUUCUUGAUGAUCAAUGUAAUCCUAUGCAUUACAUAACACCCUUCAACUGUGUAUGAGACUUGCCAUCAGACUCAGCACCAGAGAUAACUAAAUAUGAAUCCUUAAUAUCUUAAGCCUGCAAACUUAGGAUAUUUGAAUCUAUUGUUUUCGAUUGUUCUCACAGUAUGAAUGUAAAGACAAUUUAUUGACAGUAAUUAACAUAAGUCGUCAUAGUGUUUCCUCAAAAGCUUACCCUACCUGUUGUCUAAUAUGCAUAUUUAUACUUGGUCUUCAGUUAUAUAAUAAAAGAAGUCAAUAUUGAAGGUGUUUAUGGCAGUAGCACGGUGGUGUAGUGGUUAGCAUACUGGCCUCUCACACCAAAGGCCCAGGUUCGAAUCCCGGUGGAGAUGCCAAAAUUUGUGACAUGGGUCUCAUACUGUGUUGUGUCCCUGGGCAAGGCACUUCGUCCACAUUGCACUCAGUCCACCCAGCUGUUCAAAAUGGGUACCUGAGAAGCGGAUGUACGGAGCUAUAUGGUCAUGUGAAGCGCUUAGUAGCGGCUUUGAAAGUACAAUUCCAUCAGGGUAAUAAUGUAACGCCAGAGAGCAGCAUCAUGUUGGAUUCUAGCCGCAAAAAUUAGCAUUAUUAUUAUUAUUAUUAUCAACCUAAAAUGUGUCUGUGUGCACACUGUGGAAGUUUGUUUACCAAAAAAACGUAGUACAGUCAAUUGUUCUAAAUUGAUGUGUCAAUGAUAAUAACUUCACAGACGUCUUAUGUUAUCAUUAACAAAAAAAUAUGCAAAGUGGUAACAUAAGCACUUUACACAAGUCAGUCACGUGUGACUUUUGUUUGAUUGUAUCAUCUUAGUGCUAAGAUGGCAUCCAUAACAGCUGCCUCGCUCAAAGACGUAAUUUUGUCUCUGCCUCAGUGAAAAUCUUUGUGUGGUUCUUUAGUACUCCAACUGGGCUUUGACACCUGUGACUUUACGUCUUCAAGUAGGAGAGAGUACUUGUUAAAAGCUUCCAUAUCUCUGUAGUCAAAGAUGGUGCAAAACAUUUCAAAUGUAGGACAUGGACUGGAUUGAAGAGAUUCAGCAUAAAAGGGUUUAGUAAUUCAUACUUGAAAUGUGUUAAAUUGACUUAACAUCAAAUAGAAACUUGAAAGACUCUAAAGAUCGGUAUAUGUUCUCAUAUGCUUUUGGGGUUUACUUCCUAUGAGAACAGGGGCGGUGGGGUAGCCUAGUGCUUAAAGCGUUGGCUCGUCACGCCGAAGGCCCGGGUUCGAUUCCCCACAUGGGCACAAUGUGUUAAGCCCAUUUCUGGUGUCCCCCGCCGUGAUAUUG